AAAGAACCGGUUUUAAGGUUUGAUUCAUUGUAUUCUGAAAAUGUUGCAGUACCAUUGCACCUAUUCUCUGUGGAUCACAUCUAAUAUUUUUAUUUUUUAUUUUUUUUCCAGAUUUCAAUUUUCAAUAUAUAUAUAUACAUAACCAAGACAAUAUUUGUAAUUUACAUGACAUAAACAUACAUUCCCCAAUUACAGAAAUUCAUUUAAAGCUUCUUACUUUUUUUGCAUUUUUUCUCCUUAGGGGGUUUUGUAUAUCAAUGCUCUUCAUCCUUUUCUCUCUUAUAUACCUCUCUGUGUUCUCACUGUUUUCUAUUCUUCUUCAGUUUUUAUCUUGUGAUUUUCUGCUUCUGGUUGGAUUCUCUUUCUUGUUCUGCUCAUGCCUGCCCUUGUCAAUCAUGGUGGUGAUGAUGAACUGUAUCCUGGGGGUUCGGUGGAUUUGGGGGGUAGGUUGCGUACUGCUAGUUCCAAUGUUGAUGUGUACUCCUCUCCUACGAAGCGAGCUCGAAUCAGUGUCCCGUUUAGUUUUGGAGAUCUUGAGGCUGAGAGUGAGGUGGAUGUGGAUCAUAAGUCUAGUGUUGAGAUCCUUCCUGACGAAUGUCUGUUUGAGAUAUUCAGGCGGCUUUCGAGUGGCAAAGAGAGAAGCUCGUGUGCUUGUGUAUCGAGAAAGUGGCUUAUGCUUGUGAGUGGUAUAUGCAAAGAUGAGAUUGAAACUGUUGUGAAAACGAUUUCUUCAGAUGAGAGUCAUGAAGAUGUUGAAGGUGAUGAUGGUGAUGGUGAUGGGUACCUUACGAGGCGUUUGGAAGGGAAGAAAGCGACUGAUGUAAGACUUGCUGCUAUUGCUGUUGGGACUAGUUGGCGCGGUGGGCUUGGGAAGCUGUCGAUUAGAGGAAACAACUCUGUUCGAGGUGUUACAAACCGCGGUCUCUCGGCCGUUGCUAAUGGUUGUCCUUCUCUCAGAUCACUUUCAUUGUGGAAUGUGUCUUCUGUGGGUGACAAGGGUCUGUGUGAGAUUGGAAAAAGGUGUCAUAUGUUGGAGAAGCUUGACUUGUGCCAUUCUCGGUGGAUCACGAACAAGGGUUUGAUUGCGAUAGCUGAAGGUUGCCCUAACUUGACCACGUUAAACAUUGAAUCGUGCUCUAAGAUUGGAAACGAGGGUUUGCAAGCUGUUGCAAAGUUGUGUCCUAAUUUACAUUCAAUCUCUAUCAAGGAUUGUCCUCUUGUUGGUGAUCAUGGAGUGUCUAGUUUGUUAUCAUCGGCUUCUGAGUUGUCAAGGGUAAAGCUUCAGAUUUUGAAUAUUACCGAUUUUUCUCUGGCUGUUAUUGGCCAUUAUGGGAAGUCGAUAACGAAUCUGGUUCUUAGUGGACUUCGAAAUGUAAACGAAAGAGGGUUUUGGGUCAUGGGUGUUGCUCAGGGUCUACAGAAACUGGUUUCACUUACUAUAACUUCAUGCCAUGGGGUAACUGAUGCGAGCAUCGAAGCCAUCGGUAAGGGUUGCCCAAAUCUGAAGCAUAUGUGCCUUCGCAGGUGUUGCUUUGUAUCCGACAGUGGAUUGGUUGCAUUUGCCAAAUCCGCCGGAUCUCUUGAGAACUUGCAUUUGGAAGAGUGUAACAGGUUCACUCAAUCUGGGAUUAUCGGCGCCAUUUCGAGCAUCAAAGCAAAGUUGAAAUCACUCACACUUGUGAAGUGUAUGGGAAUUAAAGACAUUGAGGUGGAAGUAUCUAUGCUUUCACCUUGCGAGUCUCUUCGAUCUGUAACCAUUAAAAACUGUCAUGGUAUCGGAAGUGCUAGUCUGGCUAUGAUCGGGAAGUUGUGUCCCCAACUUCAGUAUGUUGAUCUGACCGGACUUUACGGCAUAACAGACGCAGGCCUUCUCCCACUUUUGGAGAAUUGUGAGGCUGGACUCGUCAAGGUGAACCUUACGGGUUGCUGGAACUUGACAGAUAACAUAGUUUCGGCCAUGACCAGACUACACGGCGGAACUCUCGAAGUACUAAAUCUCGAUGGAUGCUGGAAUAUUACUGAUGCAAGCUUGGUUGCAAUUGCAGACAACUGCCUACUGCUCAACGAUCUAGAUGUGUCGAGGUGUGCAAUCACCGAUGCCGGUCUAUCUGUUCUCUCCGAUGCCAUUCAGCUUAGUUUGCAAGUUCUCUCUAUGUCUGGCUGUUCUGAAAUAUCAAACAACUGUAUGCCUUUCCUGAAGAAAUUGGGCCAGAACUUGUUGGGAUUGAAUCUUCAAAACUGCAUUGGAAUUGGCAGUAACACGAUUGAGUUGCUCGUGGAGAGCCUGUGGAGAUGUGAUAUUCUGGCCUAAUCGCGCUAGAACUGCUAUAAAUAAAGAAAGGAUAUACUAGUAUAUCACUUUUAUCGAGUAUCAUAAUGAAGCAACAGGUGGUAAUAUUCGGCGUACUAUUUUUGGCUGACAUGACUAUCGAGGGUGGAUUUGCAAGCGCGGUUUGUGGACUCGGUUGUUUUCGAGGGAGCCUUGGUUUGUUUCUUCACUAGCCCUUUUUCGCAACAUUUUUCAUAGAGAAAUGAUUGUUUGUUACAGUCCCUUUUGGCUAUAGUUCCCUGAGAAUACAGUUACUGAGUCUUGGUUGAUGAUGGUGUCCACUCUAGAUAGCACAUUGCUUAGGUUAUACAUUGUAUUGCUGAAAUGUACUAUUCUGUUUGUCUUAGGUUUAUUUUUAUGUUCUUUGUCGUUUUAGUUUUUGUUAACAAUCAUGCGUGUUAAAACGCCAGACCGCUUUUGUUAUUCUAUGAUUAUGUUAUUAAUAGCAUGUUUGGUUCAUCGUUUA